UUUUAUUUUAAUAGGCAGAGGGAUAUCAUGUGUGGUCGUAUAUGAUGUUUAUCGGUAGUUUGGUCUUUCUUCACUUCAUCACUAUUCAUGUAAGAUUUGGAGCAAGCCUUUCAAUUUUCGGCUGUUACUGGAAUGAUGAUGGCACCACGUUGCCAGAUAAACAAUUAACUGCAACUUCUACGGUUGACUGCAUACACAUUUGCCUAACAGUAAAUCCAAGUUAUGUAUAUGCAGGAACACAAAAGAAUCCAGAGGGAUGUUACUGUGGCUUAACACUUCAUAGUCAGGCAAAUACCAGAGUUUUUCAAGAUGAUGAAUGUUCUGCACCGUGUCCAGUAGUAGUUUUGGAUAUCUGUGGUGGAUACUAUAGAUUAGCUGUCUACGAAAUAUCUGGCUUAAAAGUCCCAGUAACUUUAGGCGGAAACGACAUUACCACGGAAUUUAGAAAAGAGUUCACGACCACUCAUAGACAAGUGGCAUUUACAACAUCAGAUGUACUUUUGGAACAUUCAAAUGAUUCGACCCAAAGUACUAACAGAAAAUCGACGUAUUCAUUAGAACAUAGUAGUUCUUCAAACAUAGACCAAACAACGCAUCCAAAGAUAAGUUUUAGUAUACAAGAAGGAUCAACCGAUUUCAAUUCAACACAUACAACUUCGUCGAACCGAGACCAUACCACGCAUCUAACGACCAGUGUUAGUAUAAAAGAAGAAUCUAUCGGUUACAAUUCAACACAUACAAAAGACCUUCAAACCACAAACCAAGAGACUACAACACCUAGUACAGUAAACAAUAAUUGUACAAACAGAGCUUGUAUAUGUGGUAAAUGGGCUCAUUUGAACGGACUUAAUUUAUCGAGAAACGAUCUUAUUUUGAUCCUGAAAAGUGAAUUAGACUCUAUUCGUCAAAAUUUAAUAAUUGACACAAAAACAAUUUCUGCGUAUCGAAAUAAAAAGAUUUCAGCUCCUGAUUACAGAAAGUCUUCAGCAGUGAUGGGCUACUCCGGUGUUGCUUUAAUAAGUGUGCCUAUAUUAUUCGUUUUAAUUAUUGAUGCAAUGAGGUUUUGUAAAAAGUAGCAAUUACUAAAGUUGUACAUAAACAUACAUGUAUAGCUGUGAGAGAAUGG